UGGACCUCUUUGGGGGUCGUUCCUGUUCAUCCUCAGUUUGGAGGUCCGAGGUGCUACAUGUCAGAGCCUUCUUCAGGAUUUGACGUGCCUCCAUGAACACUUCUAUGAUGCUGCAAGCAACACAGGAUACAUUGCCUGGCGUAUGAAAACAGUCCACAGGAAGAUUCGUCGAGGAUCUGUGCUACCAGACAGCUCUCUUGAUGUUUCUCCAGGAGGCCCUAAAUGCCAAAGGGCUACUAAUUUUGAAGAUCAACUUGAUGGGGAUGCUUGCAAAGAGGCCAUGUCUUUGCUCAACCAUGCCACAGAAAAGUUACUAAUUUUCCAGAAGAUGAGACAGACCUUUCAGCAUCGCCAGAAGCUUGUUAAAGAUCCAGGCUCUAGUGUUGAUAUCCUCUCCACCUUCCCAAGAUUCCUGGAUACAAAGGGUUGGUGGAUCAAGACUUCACUCUCCUCUUUGAUGCUGAGAUAUCCUCCAGGCUGCUACAAAAGUGGGACACGUUCUUCAGGCCAAAUGUCAUAAAAGAAGCCAAGCAGCUAUCAUCAACAGCAGAGUUGAGGCAGUUGUUGCUGUCAGCAGAAGGUGAUCUUGACGAGGCAAGAAUCUACGACCAGGAAAUGGCAUCCCUUCUGUUACUGAUACAUCUUCUUCCACCACCACCAGGAGGACCAAAGUCUCCAAAAAUCAGUGCAUGUAAUGCUGUUGAAAGACUUGUAAUCUUUCAUAAGUCAUGCUCCAGUUUAGAGGAGCACCUCCGAAACAACCGGCAUCAGCACCCGUACCUCCUUGCAGUUGGAUGUCAGAAAAGCAAGAUUGACAGCUUCUACAUCACUUUGGAUAAGCAUCACAUCCCACGCCAGGCAAACCGCUCCCUUGGGGCAUUUGAUGAACUUUUCAAGGCACAUUUUGUGUUCAAUUUGUCCUAUGAUACUGCACUUGUGAGCUUUUACACAUUCCUGCAGACAACAGUGAAUAACAUUGAUGUAGGGAAAAUGAAGGAGUCACCCAGAGUCAAAGACUUGAGAGCCAGACUGCUUAACCAGACAGUAACCUUGUCUUAAAAUCUGAGCAUUGUUGAGAGAAUGCUGAUCUGUUUUAUUUGUCAGACACAGCACCACAGCAGUCAACAGUUGAUUUCACAUUUAAGAGGUGAACAUAGUUACUAUCCUGGUUCUAAGUUCAAGUUAAUUUGUUCGCAGCAAGGUUGUAGGCAUCAGUUUCAAACGUAUGCUGGUUUUCGUAAGCACCUUAAUAAUGUUCAUAGCAAUGUUCAGAAAAUUGCUCUAACUUCAACAGUUGGAUGUUCCUCGAGUGAGCCACUUGCAAGUUCAUCUCGAGUAGAUACUUUAGAUGACCAAAUGAAUCCCCAGCAUGAAUCCCCUUGUUCCAGUGUUUCUUCUGAGAACAAUGAUUCUGAGCUUACUAAAGAUUCAACUAAAGAAUUGUGUGAAUCCAUUGUGGCAAAAUUACAGGGAAGUGGGAUUUCAAACAGUUUAGUGACCUCAAUUGUAGGAGAUUUAGAGGAACUAACAGAUACACUUCACUCACAAGCAAAGCAUAACAUGCUUUCUGCUUUACCUACAAGUGACCCCUACAAAUUUGUGAUAAAUGAAUCUUUUGAAAAAUUAGAAAACCCAUUCACAAAUCUGAAUACCGAAUGGAAACGAAAUAAAUACUUUAAAGAAAAAUGGGGAGUGGUUGAACCAGUUGAGAUAACACUUGGAAUGAGAUAUGACAGCAGACUAAAUCAGAAAUCUGGUACUUAUGACCAAGUACCAGUUAAAGAUACUUUUAUUUAUGUGCCAAUUUUAGAAACCUUGGAAUUCAUGUGCAGAAAUCCAGACAUUUGUGAUCUCCUAAGGAAAGACUGUAGAUUAGAGACUGACACUUUUACAGAUUUUAGCGAUGGCAGUUAUUUUAAAACUCACCCUUUGUUUACAACCAAGAGACAUGCAUUACAAAUCCAAAUAUACUAUGAUGAUUUUGAAACUGCCAAUCCCCUUGGCUCCAAACGUGUAAUUCAAAAAAUUGGCUGUCUUUAUUUUAUUGUAAGAAACUUGCCCCCCAAAUUUAAUUCUGUUUUAAUGAACAUUCAUUUGUUAUCACUUUUUCACACACAAGAUAUAAGUAAGUACGGUUUUAAUGUCAUACUGGAACCGUUGAUAAAUGAUAUAAAGAUACUGGAAAGCCAAGGGUUAAGUCUUCCAUUUUCAGAUGAGCAGAUUUAUGGCACCAUUGCACAGAUAACUGGCGAUAAUCUAGGGAUGCACUCAAUUCUUGGUUUUAAUGAGUCAUUUAAUAGCCGUCAUUUCUGUCGCCUUUGUUUAAUUGAAAAGCAGGAUUCUCAAACAGUAUACAGUGAGGAUGAUCCUAAGGUGGUCCUUCGUGGAAGAGAAAUCUUUGAAAUGCAUUGCCAGUCUCUCCAGGAAAACCCACAAUUGAGGUCACUGUAUGGGUUGAAAACAAAUUCUACACUUAAUACACUGAAGUAUUUUCAUGUUUGCAAUAACUACUCGUUUGAUAUAAUGCAUGAUCUUCUAGAGGGUGUGGCUCAGUACGAAAUUAAAUUGCUUUUUGGAUAUCUCACACAAAACUUUAUCUCUGAAGAGGACUUGCUUUCAAGGAUUUAUUCUUUUGAUUAUGGAUUUUUAGAACGUAAAAAUCGCCCCACAAAGAUUAUUUUGGAGAGUGCUGGUAAUAACGUUGGUUUAAAUUCCAUUCAGACAUUAUGUCUUGUGAAAAACCUCCCUCUAUUGUUUGGUGACAUUGUUCCUCCAAGUCACAAACACUGGAGUUUGUUGUUAUUGUUACUACAAAUAAUGAACAUCGUGUUUUCGCCUUGUCUCACUUUAGGCAUGACAGUUUAUUUGAAGCACUUGAUUGCUGACCACCACAAAUUAUUUAAGUACUUGUACCCACAGAAAAAUGUAAUACCCAAGCAUCAUUUUAUGAUACAUUACUCCUCUUCAAUUAGGAAAAUUGGCCCCUUAUUAUUUAUGUGGUCUAUGAGGUUUGAGGCCAAACACAAGAUGUUCAAAGAUAUUUUUAAAAAUUUCAAAAACAUAACAAAAUCGUUGGCUAAAAGGCAUCAGAUGGCCAUUGCUUAUCAUUGGGAAUCCUUUACCCUCAAACAUAAUGAGUUUGGGUCGAUUAAAUCAUUUACCCUUAGAGAGGAGAAUGUGGUCAGCAAUCAUAUCCUUGAAAUGAUCUUGUCAAAAGAUGCCUUCUCAACCAGUUGGGUUAAAGUUGAUGGUGUCGAAUAUAGAGCUGGACUUGUCGUUUGCAGUGCAAUGGAAAAUGAAAUGCCAGUCUUUUGUCAAAUAAGUGAUGUACUUUUGGUUGACAAUCUCAUUUAUCUAUUGGUAAACAAAACUAUUUACAGAGAAUUUUGAUGAGCAUCUUCAUGCAUUCAGAGUACUACGAAGUGAGGAAAGGCAUGUUAUAAAAAUGUUAGAGAUUAAAUUUUGUAAGCCAUUUAAUAUUCAAAGCUCAUACAGUGUUGAAGAUGAAAGUUUGU